CAUCUCAUCUUCCAUACAAUAUUGAAACCAUCAUUAUGAGGGCAACUUUCUGUGCUAUGCUUGUUCUAGUUGUUGUAUUGUUCUUUGGAGCUGCAGAGUUUUGUUUUGGUCGAAACACGAGCUUUAGCUGUAUAGAAAGGGAGAGAGAAGCCCUCUUAAAGUUCAAACUUUGUUUCCAUGAUCCAUUGCAUAUGUUGUCUUCUUGGAAAGGCAAUAACUAUUGUGAAUGGAAAGGAGUAGGCUGUGACAAAAAUAGCAGAUAUGUUGUCACGCUUCAACUCAGGGGAUCAAUAUCUUAUCAACAGCCUCAAUUGUACUUAAUUGACAAUGUAGAUAAGGUUGUUUCAAGUUUGCUCAAGCUCAGAUACUUGGAACACUUGGACUUGAGCGGAAAUAAUUUCAAUGGUAAUCUUAUUCCACCCUCCUUUGGCUUGAUGAAGCAGUUGAGGUACCUAAAUCUCUCUGAUGUGCAGUUCACAGGAAGAAUUCCUGGUGAACUUGGAAAUCUUACAAGAGUUCGUGUUCUUGAUCUUUCUCAAUAUUAUUAUGGGAGAUUGAAGGUUGAUGAUGACAUUCAGUGGAUUUCUCGUCUCUCCUCUUUGCAACAACUUGAUAUGAGUGGAGUAAAUUUAAGCCAUGCAUCAUUAAACUUGUUCCAGGUACUUGGCAUGCUUUCUUCAUUAUCAUGGUUGAGUCUGUCAGAUUGCAGUCUAAAAUAUUCUCACCUACUAUCUCGCAACCAUCCCCUUAAUUUUACAUUUUUUGGAAAUAUUCAGCACUUUGAUAUUUCAUUGAACUCUUUUAAUGGUCCAUUGCCUAUUUUUCUCCAAAACAUGACUUCAUUGGCAUUUCUUGAUAUGAGUGGAGUAAAUCUAAACCUUGGAUCGUCAAACUUGUUUCAAGUACUUGGCAUGCUUCCUUCAUUGUCAUGGUUAAGUCUAGCAAACUGUAGUCUUGAAAAUUCUCACUUACCAUCUCACAGCCAUCCCCUAAAUUUUACAUUUCUUGGCAAUAUUCAACACUUUGAUCUUUCAUUGAACUUUUUUCAAGGUCCAAUAUCUAUAUUUCUCCAAAACAUGACUUCCUUGAUUUUUCUUAGUCUUUUUAAUAAUCAAUUGAGUGGGAGCAUUCCAAAUAGCAUCGGACAACUUUCUAAAUUGGAGAACAUAGUGCUUUUUGGUAAUCAAUUGAGUGGGAGUAUUCCAGAUAGUAUCAAGCAACUUUCCAAGUUAGAGAGUAUAGAUCUUUCUGAAAAUCAAUUGAGUGGGAGUAUUCCAAGUAGCAUCGGGCAACUUUCUAAGUUAAAGAUCAUAGCUUUUUCUAGCAAUCAAUUGAGUGGGAGUAUUCCAAAUAGCAUUGGGCAACUUUCUAAGUUAGAGAGUAUAGAUCUUCAUGGCAAUCAAUUGAGUGGGAGAAUUCCAGAUAGCAUUGGGCAACUUUCUAAGUCAGAGAGCAUAUAUCUUUCUAGCAAUCAAUUGAGCGGGAGUAUUCCAGAUAGCAUCGGGCAGCUUUCUAAGUUAGAGAGCAUAGAUCUUUCUGGUAAUCAAUUGAGUGGGAGUAUUCCAGAUAGCAUCGGACAACUUUCUAAGUUAGAAAGCAUAGAUCUUUUUGGCAAUCAAUUGACUGGGAGUAUUCCAGAUAGCAUUGGGCAACUUUCUAAGUUAAAGAGCAUAGAUAUUUCUGGCAAUCAAUUGAGUGGGAUUAUUCUAGACAGCAUUGGGCAACUUUCUAAGUUAGAGAGCAUACAUCUUUCUAGCAAUCCAUUUGGAAUAGGAUUUCCUAAAUGGCUUCUAUUGCAAAAGACAAUAAUCACGAUUGAACUCUCUAAUGCUAGCAUCUUAGGUCCUCUUCCAGAAAACAUCAGUCAUAUGCUGCCAAUGUUGCAAGGAUUAAAUCUUGCAAAUAACCUCAUGAAUAGUUCAAUUCCAAAGUCGCUAUGCAAUUCAAAAUCUUUGAUGUAUCUUGAUCUCUCAAACAAUAUGUUUUCCGGAAGUAUUCCUAAUUGUUGGGGAAAUGAUCAAUUGUUCAAUUCUAUUGAUCUAUCUUCUAACAAUCUCUCAGGUUUAUUUCCGAGCACAAUGGGGCGGCUUUCUUCUUUACUUGUACUACACUUGAACAACAAUAAUCUCCAUGGGGAACUACAUGUGGCCUUGCAAAACUUCACUUCUUUAGUGAUUUUGGAUUUGGGAGAAAAUAAAUUUUUUGGAAAUUUAACAAGCAUUGUAGGGGGCGAGAUCAGCAACCACUCUUUAAAAAUUCUCCGACUACGAAAAAAUUUGGUUUCUGGUUAUAUUCCUUUGGAAUUAUGCUCUUUCUCUCAAUUACAAAUUUUGGAUCUUGCAGAUAAUAAUCUGAUAGGAAGGAUUCCUCCUUGUUUUGGAAAGUUUCCAAUUAUGGUGAAUGCAACACAAUUAAGCAAUAGAAUUGAUCAGAGAUAUUGGUAUUGGCCGCAUUUGAUGGUGGUUGUAAAAGGGAGAUACAUUGAGUAUAUACAAAAACCCCUAAGAUUUGAAAGCAGUAUAGAUCUUUCGAGUAACAAUCUAAUAGAAUCCAUACCAGAGGAGCUAAUUGUCCUUAAAGAUUUGCACAAUUUGAAUUUGUCUUGGAAUCAUCUCUCAGGAAAGAUCCCUGAAAAAAUUGGACAAAUGGAGAAUUUGGAAUCUCUCGAUUUAUCCCAGAAUGGUCUCUCAGGAAUGAUCCCGAAGAGCAUGUCAGGUUUAACCAAGUUAAGCCACCUCAACUUGUCCUACAACAACUUUUCAGGGCCAAUUCCAACAGGCUAUCAACUCCAAACACUCGAAGAUCCAACCAUUUACAUUGGCAAUCCUCAACUUUGUGGAGCACCACUCCUGAAGAAAUGCUUAAAUGAUGCGUUGCCUCCGACAAGCUCCAACUUCAAGGAUAACAAUGAAGGUGCACUUACAAGAAUGUGGUUUUACAUUAUCGUGAUGUCAGGCUUUGCAACUGGAUUCUGGGGAGUCGUGGGAACUUUGAUUUUUGUGAAAAGCUGGAGAUAUGCUUAUUUUCAAUGGGUGGAUGAUGUCAAACAUUGGAUCCUUGUGGUUAUUGCACUGAUGGUGGAACAAUUCAAGAAGAUGUUUAAUGGCAACCUAGAUGAUUAGUGAGUUAUAUAUAGAGUAUGUUGUUGCUAUAUUUGUUACUGAACCAAUUGGACAACCCCACAUUGUAGGGUGUGGUGUCUAGUCUAACUUUGAAUGUGCCAACAUUGAAUGGGCCAAUUUUAAAUAAAGACAUAAAUAUUAAGGUUUGUAAAGUUUUCAAUAAUGUAACAUAGGCUUAGUUCUAAAGGUUUCACAAAAAUAAAAAUUCAUAAGUUCA